AUGGAGAAGAUCCGGAAACAAGGCACACCUGGUGCAUUUUACAUCGCCUCAGCUACAUUGGCACAAGCUAUUGUUGCUGUGAUUGCAAUGCUCGGGAUGCGCAUCUACGCUAAGAUUGCACGCUUUAUUGUAAUAUUUCCACUAAUUUGUUUCACGGCAUGUACGAUUUACGCAAUGUGCUAUGCCGGCCUUUGGAAUACGAUUGGCUCAAUAGCAGAAGGAUUUUCGCCAAAUAGACAGGAAUUUAUGUCAAUCGAGUCAUGGUCUGUUGCUGCACUUCACGUAUGUUUCUCCCACUGUUUUUUGCUACUGAUUUCUUCACCAAUGAUGUAG